AUGCCUCAUUUGGAUUCUGCCCUUUUGACGCCCUUUGUGGAGAGGUGGCAGCCAGACACUAACACCUUCCACAUGCCAUUUGGGGAGAUGUCGAUACUUAUCCACGAUGUUCACUACAUUCUUCGUCUUCCAAUGGAUGGAGCAUUGUUGAGAUAUGACUCGCCGCAGCCGGAGGCUUUAAAGGCCGACAUGUGUGGUCUUAUUCGAGUUGGCGACUUGGAAGGGGCUGUUGGUGGUAAGUGGAGUACUAUUUGGUAUAUGAAUGGUGGCAUGCAUGGAGAGGGUGCUUUGUUUCGUGCUGGUGAGCUUCAGAUUAAGGAGGUUGAGGUGCAGUGUUACUUGUUUCUGCUGCUAGGGUCCACAUUGUUUGUGGACAAGAGUCGAGAUCGCAUUCGUCCUGCAGUCAACUUAUAUCUGAAGAAGUACCAUGAUGUGGCUGGGUACGCUUGGGGUGUUGGUACACUUGCCUAUCUUUAUAGACAGCUUGGUGUUGCUUCACGAGCUGGCGGUAAGGGAGUGUGUGGAUAUUUGACACUCUUGCAGGCUUGGAUAUAUGAGUACUUCCCCGACUUUCGUCCUAAUAGAGUGCAACAACAUUCUCCAGAGGACCCUCGUGCUUCAUUGUGGGUGUGUAGUCGUUUGAAGGGUAGAGAUGUUGCAAAAGAACGUUUAGUACGCUACCGUAGCAUAUUGGAUGGCAUGUCUGCGGAUGAUGGAAACAUGACACUAACAGUCUCGACCAAUCCUCCUGCCUUGUCACUGACUAUCGCAUGUGGAGUGAUAGAUCCAAAAAUGAAUUGCAAGUGCCUCAAAAUCCACUCGUAG